GAGCCAGCCUCGUCAGCGCAGGGGCGCGUGCCACAGCUGAAGCGAAGGGGACAGCUCCCAGGUGCUGAAAGUACUCGGCGCUCCAAAGAGAGAAAGAGAGAGACGCGGAGGGGGGAAGAGAAUCAACGCCUGCAUUAGACCCUCCAAUAAAACGCGUAUUCUGCACAACACGGGCACAUACAGAUAGAGCGCCAGGCCUUCAACACAGAUGGCUGCUACCCAGGAUGUGAAAGGGAAGGGAGAGGGAGGGGACCAAAACUUCGACUACAUGUUCAAGCUGCUGAUCAUCGGAAACAGCAGCGUGGGCAAGACGUCUUUCCUGUUCCGAUACGCCGAUGACGCCUUCACCUCGGCCUUCGUCAGCACAGUGGGCAUCGACUUCAAAGUGAAGACCGUGUACAAGAACGACAAGAGGAUCAAGCUGCAGAUCUGGGACACAGCAGGCCAGGAGCGCUACAGGACCAUCACUACUGCGUACUACCGUGGUGCUAUGGGUUUCAUCCUUAUGUACGACAUCACCAACGAGGAGUCCUUCGGCGCCGUGCAGGACUGGUCAACCCAGAUAAAGACCUACUCGUGGGAUAAUGCACAGGUGGUGCUGGCCGGGAAUAAGUGUGACAUGGAUGAAGAGAGAGUGGUGUCGGUGGAUAGCGGCAGACUGCUGGCAGAACAGUUGGGUUUUGAAUUCUUCGAGACCAGCGCCAAGGACAACAUCAACGUCAAGCAGACCUUCGAACGCCUCGUUGACCUCAUUUGUGACAAGAUGUCCGAGAGCUUGGACAGCGAUCCGGCAGUCACCACGGGAGCCCCCACUGCCAAACUCACAGACAGCGCUCCGCCGCUGCAGCAGCCUGGAUGCAACUGUUAGUGACCGGCGUGGAGGGAAUCAAAGGGAGGGCAGUGCAGGUCCUGUAAGGUGUCAGAGUGUGCAGCGUUUUUGUUUCUCCCUCAGCGUUCUCACUCCUGCUCGUGCUGCUUCCUCUGGACUACACUUCAAACCCUGUUUAGUGGUAGAGUUACUGUCCUAUUAUCUCUCUACUUUAUCACCUUAUAUCAAGAGCAAAUAACCAGACAGACAAGGCUGUGUCAAACGUGUAAUAUUACAGGAUAUUUACAGUAUAGAGCCACCAUAUUCUCAUUCUUCAGCUAGUUAGUGUAAUUCAGAUAUGAUCGAUAAGGCCAUAAUCAGAUGUACAGUUAAUCCUGUAGACCUUUAAAUCUUUAGAAUAAUAAGAAAAUGAGGGAUAGAGUGAGUGCUUUAAUAGUUCUUAUUUUUUGUACAGUAUGUAUUUUACUUUUAUAGGAUUACUUUAUCUCCUAAAGCUGCCAAAUCUAUGAUUACGUGCACUAUAGGAUGUAGCGGCUUUCUUUUGUGACCUGAAUGUGUGGCUGUUGUGUGUGACUGUGGGUGCAUGAGUUUAAAGUCUGAGUGUCGUCUUUAAAAAAAAUCAUCUACCUUGGAUAAAAAAGUGGCCUUUUAGCAUCUCCAACACGGCCUCUGUAGGUUCCUCUGUCAUGCUUUCUUUGAGAAUGAAUCAAGUGUGUGUAACGUUGAUGUGACUCCACGUUUUGCCGUCUGUAGAUGUGUGAUUUCUCAAUAAGUGUAUCUGUUAAUCUUAAAAGCAAAUAUUUCUAUGUGCUUAGCCUCUAAGACGACCCUUUAUAGUUUGAUGCGAUGAGCAUGCUUCGGAAAAAUCAAUCAUAUGUACUGUUUUGUCUUAAGAUAGAAGCUAACUAUGAUAGUGACGAUCCAACAUUUCUUUAAUAAGAAUCUCACACUGCUAAGGCACACAAUAGUGUAUAAUAAACAACAAGUGAUCAGCUCUGGCAUGGAAUAAACAGCCAUAUAUUAAUCACAUUGUUUAACUUUUGAGUCAGCAUGCUAAAUGUCAUGUUUAUGUAAUGAUAUUGAAUGAAAGAAAAAACAGGAGCUUCUCCCUGCAGGCAUAAUAACAUAAUAAGUCAAAAAAGUUGUAGCUUAUUUUAAAAUCCAGAAAGCCUUUAAGUUCUGCAAACUCAGAAAAAAAGAAAAAACACUGGUGCCAAAUCAUAGUUUCUUUAGCAUUGUUGUUUGUUGCAUAGUUAAAUACAAGCCCCUAAAUUGCAUGAAAUCUGCCCUGACUUGUCCAUGUAAGUUCCUAUGAUAAGAUGUAAAUAUAUAUCACUCUGUGUUACACAUUUAGAAGCAUUGUCACAGCAUUCGCUGUGAGGUGCAAUGGGCCAAUAAGUGCAAUAUUUUAUGAAUGAACCCCUGUACAUAGUUUCUCCUGUCCUCUGCGGUGCGUUUGAGCGAGUUUGGUCAGAACGGCUGAUGGAGAAGAAAGGAGCGUGUGCGUCUUUGUGUAACUGCAGCCACUGAAUGUGUGACCGUGCGCGUGUGCGUACCUGCCAUAUUGACCAGACAAAAUGACGUAUUCUAGUGUAUUGUUUGUGUAUACCUUUUGUACAGAUAUAUUCACGUACUAUAUGCUGUUCCUGCUAAGUGUUGAGUGUUGGUUGAAGUUGUGUUUUCAUGUCUAAAUGCAGUGUUAUUGUGAACGAUAGUCAGGGAGCUCACUUAGUCCAUGCCAUAUGCCGUACUGUUGUCAAACCAAGAAAAAGGAUACACUUACAAGACCCUGUGCAUCUGUGUGCACACAUGCUCUGUGUGUGUGCAUCUGUGUAUGUGUGUGAUAUAUCAUUGACAUGCUGAUAGCCAUGAAAUGAAUUACUGUAUUGAUCUCCAGCCUAGAUUCAUUUAAUAGAGGAAUAGUUAUGAGGCGACUUGGUGCCCAAAAUAAGUGACUCUGGUCCACGCUCAUUUUAGAUCACUAUGACUUUACAUAUAACUGAAUAUAUUUGUUUCUUGGAGUGCAAGCAAAAUAAGAAAUAUGUUUUUGAGAUUAUAGGUAAUAAAUCAGAUUCUAUCA